AUGAAUGGGCCAAGGACUCCUUUCGUGUUAUGUGGUCGAAGCACUCUCCGGUGUCCCUCAGAUAAAAAUGAGGCACUUUUUAUCCCAAUUUGCCUUGGAUUUGAAGAAGAUGAUCAUCAAAGAAAAGGUCGGUUUACGCAGGAACAUCAAAACUCAAUGAUGUCCUCCAAGUCAGGUUUGUUGACUUGGAGGACAUCAUUGAGUUCCUUCCAAGAGACGAUGCUCUACAAGUUUUUGUUCCUAUUCCAUGGAUCAUCAUCAGAGCAUGAGAUUGCUCAAAUCAGUCCAUGCUCUCAAGCAAGAGAGGACCCUCGUGAUGAUGUCGGUGGUGACGAUGAACUUGAUAGCCAGCAAAGCCAACAAAGCAAUGAAGUUGAUCAUCAUUAUGGCUAUUCUGUUCAUACCAAUGGUUGGAAUACUCGGAACAUUGUUCCUCAAGCCUUGUUCCUCUCUGGAAACAUGUGGAGACUGAUCACGGACAAGCUUGUAUUCAUGUUCAUCAAGCAUCCAUUCGAAAUUGGGGAUCGAGUUAAGAUUGAUGAGGACGAAAUCGAGGUAAACAAACAAUAA